GUCACAGCCAACCGUGGCACGGGACGCCAAGCCAGACUGGUCUGUGCGCUUCCCUUAUGACGACGAGGACUUUCAGCCUUCAUCAACUUCCAUUCCUAUCAACGUGACAGAAAAGAUGUUGACAAAGAAGAGGAAUGUCUGGGUGAGCGCUCGGCUCUUGACAGAGAAAGGCGAACGAAUAGCGGAGGCCCACGGAGGCGUUGUCAAGUACGACAAGAUGAAGGAAGAGUCAACCAAAUACUGGCUGCUGUCAGGAGAAGUCUGCGAAGACAAUACAGAGAGGAAGUACGGCACCACCAAGGAGCCCCUCACGGCCCGAGGCAUUCCUAAGAUGCAGGUUCGCUUGGUCUACGACCGCACGCAUUACCCACGGCCCUGGAAGUUCGAUCACUACUACCCUACCAUGUAUGUAGAUGAGUUCUGGAUGACCAAUGACCAGCUCAUAAAGUUCGACACCAGCGGACAAGAUAAUUUUACAACGGAGAUCCAUUUCGGGCUGAUGUCAGCAGCGCGCUGGCGAUUUCAGCACACGAUGGAGCACAGCAUCAAGCAGAUGACGCAGCAGUAUUUCUCAGGUGAAGACGACGAGGCAAUAGUCCAGAUGCGGGACUUGUUUGCCAACACCAACUCAUAUCUGCUUAUAGCUACCAUGGUGGUGUCCGUUCUGCACAUGAUCUUUGAGUACCUCGCACUGAAGAAUGAUGUGCUGUUCUGGAAGAGGACAGAUGCCGAGACCCUGAAGAGGUUCGUCUCGCUGCGGGCUGUAGGCUUGGAGAUCGUUUGCAACAUUGUGCUGUGGUUUUACCUGUACGAUCAAGAGUCGAACUGGCUGAUCUUGAUCCUCUCCUUAGGCCAGAUCGCUGUGGACUGCUGGAAGCUGACGCAAGUUCUGGAGGUGAGCUUCGCUAGGAAUGGAAUCCUCGUCUACCCCACCUUCAAAAGCCGGGUGCCGCACUCCAGUGCAGACGACUACGAUAAGAUGGCAUUGAUAUACUUAUCCUAUAUCCUGGUCCCAAUCGUGAUCGGAUAUGCUGGAUACUCAGCCAAGUACGAGUGCCACAGGAGCCACCCUGCGUACUUCCUGCAUGUAGCUGCGUCCUUGGUUUAUGCCUUGGGCUUCGCUCUCAUGACGCCACAGCUCUUCAUCAACUACCGGAUGAAAUCAGUGGCGCACCUUCCCUGGAGGCGCUUCAUCUACAGCGCCUGGUCUUCAUUCUUGCGCGGGAUGUUUUCUGGAUGUGGCUCUUUCAAGAUAUUCCAUUUGCAACAAGUAAUGGCAAAGCCAAUGUCCCAGAGCGUAGAAAGUGCUCAGGAGCCAUCAACACCUUCAUUGCCCCUUGUCUGCAUGUGGUAG